CUGAACAGGUCUUUAUAGGCGGUCCGCCCAAUGAACGGGGUUAAUAAAGAGACGUUCGAAUUGGCAAUUGGUUUCCGUAAAGCUCAAUGCAAAGGGCAGUUCGGGGGAAACAAAAAACACAUAGAGCAGGGAUGGAGCAGGUGCAGGUAUUAGAGCUCUAUGAAGUUCGUUACUCUGAUUUGAUGCUACUCUCUUCAUCUUCAACUUCGAAUCAUAGCGACUCGUUAUCAUCACCAGAAGAAGAACUAGCAAGACUGCAAACCAUAAGGACAUCCAUCAUUGAAACCCUGGGCCCUAAAGGCCCAGGUCUCCUUUCCAUCGUUGGUGUCCCUAACGCUCUUCUUCUUCGCCACAACCUCCUCCCUCUUGCUCGCAAGCUAGCUCUUCUCGAUCACGAUUGCCGCAAACGCCUUCUCAAGGAGCACAAUUUGGGGAGUGAUGUUUCUCUGAAGAAUCCUGAUAGAAAUGUGUCCUCUUUUGCAAUGCAACUCAAAUAUGCAGAAGCUCUGGAAUCUAGUUCCAGUAAGCCAAGUCAUGACACCCAUUUACACUUGAAUUUAGAACCAACUCAUCUGGAUGUUAAUGAAGUGAGAAAAUUUCAGGAAGAUGAAUUUAAAAGUCUCGGAGAUUCGUUUAAAGAUCUAGGAUAUUUCAUGAUGGAGCUGGGGCUUCGUCUUGCCCAAAUAUGUGAUGAGUUCAUCGGUGGCCAAGAGUUGGAACGAAGCUUAUUAGAAUCUGGCACUGCAAAAGGGCGCCUCAUACAUUAUCAUUCAAUUCUAGAUAAACAUUUCAUGAGACAAAAUGGAAGAAGGAAGGGACCCACCAAAAAGCAGGCCAAUUCCAUAAAGGACCAAGCUCACUGUUUAAUAAGUGAGCAAAAACAAAUACGUGGUUCCAACUUUGUUACAGAUGGCGAUAAUGCUAGAUCAUGUGGAAAUGAUAUGAAUUUAUGGCAGCAAUGGCAUUAUGAUUAUGGUAUCUUUACAAUUUUGACAGCGCCUAUGUUUCUUGUGCCCUCCUAUUUAGCAGAAAAUAUGGGGACAGAUCAAUCUUCACCAUCAUUUGAUGAAGAAUGCCCUUAUCCCAAUGGCUAUUCGUACUUGCAAAUCUUUGAUCCCAGCAAGAAUGAUGUACUCAUGGUCAAGACCUCUCCAGAAAGUUUCAUCAUUCAGGUUGGGGAAUCAGCUGAUAUUUUAUCAAAAGGAAAGAUUCGUUCAACCCUUCAUUGUGUACGAAGACCAGUGAAUUUUGAAAAUGUAAGCAGAGAAACUUUUGUUGUCUUCCUGCAACCUGCGUGGAGCAAAACCUUCUCAAUCUCAGAAUACACCACGGAACACAGUGUGUCUGUUGGUAAUUUAUGUGAUGAGGGAAUAGAGCAUGGGCUAAAUGAAUUUGCUCAAGAUAUUCAUAAAAUUGUACCACCACUUUCAUCGCGGUUGAAGGAUGGAAUGACUUUCGCAGAAUUCUCACGUGAAACUACCAAGCAGUAUUAUGGUGGCAGUGGUUUACAAUCCAACCGAUAGCUCCUCAUAUACGCAUAUAUAUAUAUAUUUUUUGCUGUACAAUGUUAUUUUGGUAGGAUUUUGUUACAACUCACCAAGUAAUUCUUUCAACCAAA